GUUGUGUGAAAAUGUGACCGAUAGUGAAGAUACACCAAAAGAUCCGAACUAUGUUCCACCGCCUAAAAAACCUAGAAAUGAUAACCAAUUUAAAAGUCCUCAAAAUAUUCCAUUACCCAUUUUGUCAUCUGGUAACAGUCAUUCCACCUGCUGUAUAUGCAAAAAGAGAGGUUCAAAAUUGAUGACAGUUUCCAUCGACUGCAGAACUAGACUAUUUGUAGAAAAGGGUCAUCUGCUUCUAGCUGGAUCUAGAUGUUGCUGUAAACACCUUGAUUCAGAUAAAUAUUUCAAUGAAGAGGCACUUUGCUCUGUGACCGACAACUCGACGAAUUCUCAGGAAGGCAGCACAUAUUUCAAUAAAACUGAUAUUUCGUCACUAAUUGCAAACAUAAGAGCUAUUGCAGUGCGAAAUGAACGAUACCGAAUUGACUUUGAUAAUAACCAUUCUUUAACUGAUGCUGAUUAUCAGAAUCUCACAGGCAUUACAAAAGCUGACUUCAAUGACUUGUGCUUACUUUUAUCGAGUAGCACAUCCAUUAGAUGUACAAAAAACCGAACAAGUAGAACAUGUAUUGCGUUAUUGCUCGUUAAAUUGAGAACAGGUAUGUCAAACCGACUACUGUCCACUUUAUUUAAUAUAGGAAAAUCUAGUGUGCGCAGGGCGAUUAUGAGUGCAAGACAAUUUCUUUCUGUUAAUUUCACACCAAGAAAUGUGGGAUUCCAGCAUGUAACACGAGAUGACGUAAUUGAACACCAUACAAGACCACUAGCGCAAGAAUUGUUUGGCACCAUGAUCAACAAACCCGCUAUAUUAGUUGUGGACGGCACAUACAUAUACAUUGAAAAGAGUAACAAUUUUCAAUUUCAACGAAGAUCUUACAGCAUACAUAAAAAUAGACCACUCGUCAAACCCAUGGUAAUCGUAACAACAACUGGGUACAUCGUUUCUAUUCUGGGACCAUAUCACGCCGAUUAAAAAAACAACGAUGCUUCCAUACUGAAACACAAUAUCAAGACCAACAUGGAGAACAUGAAGGAUUGGCUGCAGACAGAUGACCUCCUAGUUGUGGACAGAGGAUUUAGGGAUUCCCUGGAGUUUCUGAGUGAACUCGGAAUAAAGUACCAGAUGCCAACAUUCCUUCAGAAAGGUCAAAAACAACACACAACAGAAGAGGCCAAUGCUUCUCGACUCGUUACAAAAAUACGAUGGAUAGUCGAGUCAGUAAAUGGAAGGUUGAAGCAGUGGCGAUAUCUUCAGAAUGUCAUGCCGAACACACAGAUACCAGCCAUCGGCGACUACGUGCGGCUUGUUGCAGCCCUGUGCAACCGCUACCGAACACCACUCAACACUGGCACAACUGAAGGUGACCAACUGGUAGCAGCUAAGAUGAAGGUUCUGGCGUCCAAGGGGAAUGCUCUUCAGCAGCGUGUCCAGGAGGAGAAUCUCGACACCCGAAAUCACUCCUGGAAAUCUAUAGAUGUUGCCGAUGCUGUUGACCAGUUUCCCUCCAUGUCAGAAGAAGACAUCAGAAACCUGACUAUAGGAGUGUACCAAGUGAAGCUUGCUCGUUCUUACACAUCAGAGCACUUAAGCGAGGACGGCGACUACACAAUCAUGGUUAAUGAUGAGGUUAAUGGUAUGCUACGUGCCCGUAUUCAAAGUCGACACACCAGUGCGAAGAAAUAUCUUCUUUGGAUUGAGUACAGUCCCGCUGUUGUUUUAGGCUGGUUUUGUCAAUGCAAGACUGGAGCUCGAGUUGUCGGCACAUGCGCACACGUAUCAGCUGUUGUUUGGUAUCUGGGAUAUGCACGACAUGUGGGAAGUGUUAGGGGCGUAAAAGACUGGUCUGCAUUUCUGGAAGACGCUGCUAAGGUUCCAGAACUUGUAGACGGAUCUGAUAGCGACAAUAGUGACCCUGGAGGAGUGAUAAGGUGUACGGUUUAUUUUGGUGGAUAUUAUGACAUUGAUAUUUUAUCAUUUCUCAUCGGACGUAAUGUUGAUUAG